AGCCCAGCCUCGCUCUGUUGCAAAAGGAGAAAAGUCUCUCAGAGCCCCAUUUGCCCAGAUCCAGAGCCUUCGACCCAGAGAGCCAUGGCCUUGCUGUGCUACAACCGGGGAUGCGGGCAACAGUUUGACCCCGAAGACAACGGCCCAGAUUCCUGCCUCCAUCAUCCUGGAUUCCCCAUCUUCCAUGAUGCUUUAAAGGGAUGGUCUUGCUGCCGGAAACGUACCACCGACUUCUCCGAAUUCCUCUCCAUAAAGGGCUGCACAAAAGGCCGGCACAGCAACGAGAAGCCCCCCGAACCACAAGAAGCCCCGCUUACAACCAAGGACAAAGCAGCCACCGAGAUCAUCGUCCAGGGGCCAAAGUCGGCUGAGAAGAUGGAGCGCGAAAGGCCCAGUUCGGAUGAACCCAAGCAGCUCCUGCCAGUCAAAGUGUCCAAGACUCUGGAGCAAUCCCUGGAGAAGCUGGAGUUGUCCCCGAAGGAGGAGGCUGCAGGACAGGGCUCUGCGGGGGCCGCCUUGGAAGUGAGCCUUGGCACCACUUGCAAGAACUCCGGCUGCAAGGCGCUGCCCAGCAUGAAAUACUGGAGCUGCUGCGGAAUUAAAACCACAGACUUCAACGCAUUCCUGGAGCAAAAGGGCUGCAGCCGAGGGAGGCAUCUCUGGGUCAAAAAACAGCAGGACAAGAGGCUGGUCUCUUGCCGGCAGGACUGGCACCAAACCAGCAGCCAGGUGGUGGUCACCCUCUAUGCCAAGACUCCUCUUCCAGAGCUCAGUUCCGUCAAAGCCAACCGCACCUCGGUGGACAUCCACAUCGUCUUUGAGGGAGACAAGGUUUUCCAGGCAGAGCUGGAUCUCUGGGGGGUGAUCGAUGUGCAGAGAAGUGCGGUGAACCUGCUGCCCUCCAAAGUUGAGAUCACCUUGCAGAAGGCCCCCCCACUGACCUGGGCCCGGCUGGAGCACCCCCAGAGCAGAGCGGAGCCGCCCAAGGGGCCCGAGGUGGAGGCUUUGGACGGCCAAGGACCCCUUGGUGGCCCAGCAGAGGAGGAGUCAGAUGAUUCGCUGAGUUGGUCCUCGGAGGAGGAAGACUGGGAGGAAGGCAGCGCAGGCCCCAUCAGCUCCCAAUCCAGGGGGAACUGAGUCGAGGUGAAUCCAAGGCGAUGGCAGAAGGAGUCUGUGGGGCUAGGACUGAUUCCGAUGGUCGCCAGCAGAAGGAAAGAGACAUGGGCUCCAGGCAGCUGUGGCGCCGCAAGGACAUUCGCUAGGCAUUCGGAUAUUUUUGGAACUUUUGAGAACCCUAUAGGUCCUUUAGGAAAAUUUGAGAAUUAUAUACGUCCUAUAAGAACAUUUGAGAACCAUAUAAGUCCUUUAGGAAUAUUUGAGAAUGCUAUAGGUCCUAUAAGAACAUCUGAGAACCCUAUAGGCCCUGUAGGAACAUUUGGGAAACCUAUAGGUUGUCUAAGAACGAGAACCCUAUAGGCCCUGUAAGAACAUCUGAGAACCCUAUAAGUCCUUUGGGAACAUUUGAGAACCCUACAGAUCCUAUAAGAACAUUUGAGAACCCUAUGUGCCUUUUAGGAGUAUUUGGGAACUCUAUAGGUCCUAUAUGGGGAUUGGAGAAUUCUACAGGUCCUAUAGCCACAUUUGAGAACCCUAUAUGUCCUAUAGGAGCAUUUGGGAACUCUAUAUGGGAUUGGAGAAUUCUACAGGUCCUGUAAGAACAUUUGAAAACCUUUAAGUCCCUUAGGAACAUAUGAAACCCCUAUAGAUCCUUUCAGAACAUUUGAGAACCCUGUAAGUUCAUUAAGAACAUUUGAGAACCCUAUAGGUCUUUUAGAAACAUUUGAGAGCCCUAUAGCUCCUAUAGGAGCAUUUGGGAACCCUGUAGGACUUAUAUGAAGAUUGGAGAAUUCUACAGGUUCUAUAGCAACGUUUGAGAACCCUAUAUGUCCUAUAGGAGCAUUUGGGGACUCUAAAUAGGACUGGAGAAUUUUACAGGUCCUGUAAAACCAUUUGAGAACCUUUAAGUCCCUUAGGAACAUAUAAGACCCCUAUAGGUCUUUUCAGAACACUUGAGAACCGUAUAAGUUCAUUAAGAACAUUUGAGAACCCUAUAGGUCCUAUAGGCCCUUUAGGAGCAUUUGGGAACCCUGUAGGGCUUAUAUGGAGAUUGGAGAAUUCUACAGGUUUUAUAGCAACAUUUGAGAACCCUAUAAGUCCUAUAGGAGCAUUUGGGGACUCUAUAUGGGAUUGGAGAAUUCUACAGGUCCUGUAAGAACAUUUGAGAACCUUUAAGUCCCUUAGGAACAUAUGAGACCCCUAUAGGUCCUUUCAGAACACUUGAGAACCCUAUAAGUUCAUUAAGAACAUUUGAGAACCCUAUAGGUCCUUUAGAAACAUUUGAGAACCCUAUAGGUCCUAUAGGCCCUUUAGGAGCAUUUGGGAACCCUGUAGGGCUUAUAUGGAGAUUGGAGAAUUCUACAGGUUCUAUAGCAACAUUUGAGAACCCUAUAUGUCUUAUAGGAGCAUUUGGAGCUCUACAGGUCCUAUAGGGUGAUUUGGAUCCCUAUAGGAGCAUUUGGAACCCUAUGGGCCCUGUAGGAGGCUUGGGAUACCCUAUAGGACCCUAUAGUUCCUUAUGGCUCCUAUAAGGGCAUUUGGUGCACAUAUAUAAAUGCAGGUAUUGCAAAAAUAAAUGUUACAAAAAUCAGAAAUCUUCUGGCCCCAAGCAUUUUGAUUCAGGGAAACUGAACCUAUAAAAAGAUUUGAUGUGAAGAAUGGAAGGAUAGUUUUUAAAAGGUGGCAGUUUCAGCUAGCAGCUGUG